AUGAACCGGAAAGCUUCCAAGCCAGAGCAGCAGAGGCGGUUCUGGCCUUUACCCCGACCUCGCGGCAUAAGAGGAGGUGGGAAGCUGGGGCCUGGGACGGCUCAGGACCCCGAUGGCAUCGUGGCCGUCGCCGCUGAGAAGCGGGACAGAACCUGUCCUCAGAAGCAGGUUUUCGGUGGCCAGGUUACAGUACUUGACCGGGGGGACGAGGAGCCGCGCCGCGAGGAGCGCGGCCCCCGCGCCGGCUGGAGCUUGCCCCUGGUGGGCCAGGACUUCCUGGAGAUCCUCUCUGCCUGGUACUGCAGCUUCGGCAGCUGCGGCGCGACGGGGGACUGCAGGGUGCUCAACAACGUCACGGGCCUUGAAUCGGAGCUCAACGGGCAGCUCCAUGGGCAGCACUUGGCUGGAGAAGUUGUUUUGCGGGCGGUGCGAGGGUUUCUGCAGAAGCCACAGCCGGAGAAGGCGCUGGUGCUGUCCUUCCACGGCUGGUCUGGCACGGGCAAGAACUUUGUGGCCCGCAUGGUGGCCAGUCACCUGUACCGGGACGGGCUGAGGAGCGAGUGCGUCAGGACGUUCAUCUCGCUCUUCCACUUCCCCCAUGCCCAGUACGUGGACUCAUACAAGGUUCAGCUGGAGAAGCAAAUCAGCGAGACCACACAGCUCUGCCAGCAGUCCCUGUUCAUCUUUGACGAAGCAGAGAAACUUCACUUUGGCCUUCUGGAUGCCAUCAAGCCCUUCAUGGCUCACCGUGACAACAAGGACCAAGCAGGCAAUCGGAGAUCCAUCUUCCUCUUCCUCAGCAGCAUCGGUGGUAACGCCAUCAACGAGGUGGCCCUGGACUUCCGGCGAGCCAGGCGGCCGAGGGAGGAGAUCCCCAUGGAGCUUCUGGAGCAGCGGCUGCGGCGGGAGCUGCUGCAGCCUGCAGAUGGCGGUUACGCCCGCAGCCACUUCCUCGAGGAGAACCUCAUCGACUUCUUCGUGCCGUUCCUGCCCCUGGAGCGCCGCCACGUGAGGCUGUGCGCCAGAGACGCCUUCCUGGCGCGCGCGCUGCCCUACACGGAGGCAGCCCUUGACGAGGUGGCCAAGAUGAUGGUGUUCGUCCCCAAAGAGGAGAAACUUUUCUCAGCACAGGGCUGCAAAUCUGUAUCUCAGCGCAUCAAUUACUUCCUUCCCUGAACAUCUGGUGGGACUUUGCCGGGGAGGAAGGUAGCUGUGCCCCUCGGAGCUGCCCUCUGCCCACACACUCAGGCUGCACGUGGGCAGGGACGGAAACUUCCCUUGUUACUGGGAGGGCUGUUGCGGGAUCUUACUGAGGGGGACAUGGAAUAGCUUGUGCUUGAUUGUCACCCAGUCGAGUCGGUGUUUUGGAGUCCCACCUUUUAGCAGGUAAAGGCCUGAGCAGUGCUGCAUGAUGCUGCGCUGCAGGCAGGUCCAAGGCCCCGCGCUGCUGCUGUAUCCUGAGGGCCCCGGACAGACUGGCGCUCCGUCUGGUGGAAUCUGCCCCCUGCUCUCUUGGUGCCUUCGCGAGCCCCCGUGCUGCACCCGCUGGCCACGCUCCUGCUGUUCUCCUGCUUCCACAAGGUUGUCUCGUGUCCAGGGACACGUGUGACAGGUUUGUGCUCUUCACAAGGAGGCCCCUGCACAAAGAAAAUGACUUUUUUAUUAUCUUCUCUGCAGAUGCCAGAUCCUUAGGCUCUUGCUUGGAGUGUCCCUGCUCUCCUUUUUGUUUUUGGAGCCUUCCGUUGUAUGGAAGCCACUAUGGGAAUAAGCAGAACAUAUAGUGGGUGCUGAGAUUAAAGUGACCUUUCUGAGUGUGAAUUGCUGCUUGCCUUGCUGCAAGGAUUGAUUUAGCGAGAGACAAAAGCCCCUCUCAAGGCCAGAGGGCAGUGGAGUUGGUCAGUGGUUUGAAGAACAGGUUGCAGCUGAGUUCUGGUUUUCAGUUUUCUGAGAUUGAAUACGGGUGGGUUUUUUGUUUGUUUUGUUUUGUUUUUUUUUAAGUGCAUUGCAUGCUAUGGCUUUGGCAGGUAUCAGCAUUGCUACACAGUGGGGCUGUUUGCUGUCUGGGUACUUGCCAAAUGAUAACUAGGUUACAGCAGGGCCAAAAAUUUCAACAGCAUUACAGGAAUUGCUUUGUGACCCCCGGGUCAAAACUCGCUUCCAACAGAGCCAGGCCAAGGAAGAUCAGAUGAAACAGCACAUGCCAAGGACAGCGUUUAGUCACCCGGGCGCUCAACGUGCGUCUGGACCUUGGAUCCAUUUUAAGCUUUGAGCUGCUCCGUGGUGCCAGGGGCGGGCACAAGCACCAGGAAAAGAUUGACCAGCCGCUCUCAGUCCUGCUGCAGAGUCGUGUUUCCCUCCCGGCUCCGUCAUCUCAUGAGGCCUCGCAGUCCAAGGCAGCAGAUGGGCUGGCUGCUUCCUUCUCUUGACGCGGUUAUUUCAGCCUCGCUGAUUGAAGGCUGGACCUGAAGGUUCGUGCCAGCCUGCGCCUUGUGAGGCUCCUCUGAACUGUAGCUUAUGGACCAUCAUCUAACCAAAAGCCUCAAUGCUGCCAAAACCUU